AUGUCGGGCCAUUCCCUGGAGCCGGAAGAGCUUAUAUCUCGCUUGUCCCAUCGUCCCAGCCACCUCAUCAGGGCAAUGAUCAAGAUGCCCGAUGCCAAUGCUGCAGCCCCGUCUCGCCGGGUUCGGGCCGACCGCGUCUCGUCGCUCGGCGCCCUGGAUCGUCUGCCGCCAGAAAUCAUGUCGAUGGUCCUUGGGAUGCUUGAUAUUCAAUCGAAUGUGCAUUUCGCGGCUGUCUCCUGCCGAGCCAGCGCAUUCGUUCAAUCGCAACGCGCGUAUCGAGACCUCGUCGCAAUUGCUCCGCAGGCUCUCGCGGCGCUGCCCAAGGUAGGCCUGCUGGGCCUUCAUUCCAUUACUAAACUCCACGGCGCCUUGCGAACGCAACGGUGCGCGGCUUGCACCGAAUAUGGCCCGUUUCUGUUCCUUCCAACCGGCGAGAGGUGUUGCUGGGAAUGUCUCCGCUACCACCCGUCCUUCAGGAUGGUUUUGCCCAGGGAGGCAAAGAGAUACUUUGGCCUCGGGGAGCGCCAUCUUAAACAGUUGCCCACCCUCCAUGUUAUUCCUGGCCGGUAUGGCAUCUCGCCCAACGUCGCGCCGGAAAAUUGCCGCCUUGUGAGCGCCAAGCUGGCGAGAGCUCUUGGGCUCACCUUGCACGGGUCCGCGGAGAAACUGUCGCAGGCUUUGGCGAGGACAUGCAAGUCUGCCGGGCUUCUCGCCACAGGGCGGUAUUUUCAGAGCGAGCCAGAAGUGCCCCCGGGACAGGACUCGCUGCUGCUGCCGUGUCAAGGCAAUAUACCGCCUGACAAGUUCUUCGGCAUGGCUUCUAUUCCGUUCCCCUCGCUCUCAAAGUCGGGCAGGAUCGAGCAAGGUUUGUGGUGCCGGGGCUGCGAAACCGUCCUUCGUCUACACGAUUCUUUGCGCUUGCCUAGCGAAGUGCUGGUGGCUGUGGUACCUGGGAGCCUUGAGCCGAUGCGAGUGUUGCUUGGCCUCGAAAGGCGGGCCCGAUCUCGAGAGUCAUUCUUGCAUCACGUCAGACACUGUUACGGAGCACGGCAGAUGGUUCCUGAGUUGGCUGCAGGAAUGGAAUGA